AUUUACACUGACGUAAGGUAUUUGUUUUUAGUGGAGCAAAUAGUGAAUAACAUUAAUAUUUAAUUAAACAUAUUGUAGAACGCGUAAAUAUGAAUAAAACAAGCAAAAUUUCCAAUGAGGGUUUCGAAAUAGCCCCUUUAAGGCCUUUGCAAGAUUUUUUACUGGAUUCAGCGAGAUUUCAAAUACCAAAUGUGAACGAUUUGGAAAAAUGGGGUAACAGAGUUAGCAGCAACUUGCUCUAUUACCAGACAAACUACUUUUUGUUGUCUUUUGUCAUUUUUGCCAUUGUCGGUGUGAUUCACCCUGUCAAAAUGACGUGCGGAUUUUUGGCAACCGCUGUUAUUUUCAUGAUUUUUUUGUAUGUUACCAAUGAAAAACCAGCGGCUGCACAAUUCAAACAAAAACAUCCAAUCGUUUCAUUAUUACUCGUGAUUGGAGCCCUAUAUUUUCUAUGGUACAUGUUGCAAUCCCUAUUGGUCUUCUUUUUGGGGAUUUUGUUGCCAUUUUCAAUUAAUUUUAUCCACUCCUCUCUUCGAUUAAGAAAUUUAAAGAACAAAAUUGCAAACAAAGUUGAGACUUUUGGAUUAACAAAAACUCCUAUGGGUAUGCUUCUUAUGCAGCUGGGGUUUCAGAACGAAUUAUUUUGAAUUCAAAAAGUCAAAAAUAUUCAAAGUUUUUGUAUUCAUUAAAAACCUAAUUAAUAAGUUGUUUAGGCAUAAAUCUCAAGCAAAAUUGAAAAAAAUACAAUAAGUUAAGUACGUAUAAACAUACCUAGUCUUUAAUUAAUUACUCAUUAACUUUGUUUUCUUUGCCAAAGGUAUUUUCAAUACUAGUCCAAACAUUUUAACUUUAAUGAUAAAGGCGCAGGCGUAUUUUUAAUUUUAUUGCGCUUGCGCUGUAAUAGCGUGUCAGUAUUUCACAUUAUAUGCUCAAAAUUGUGUGUUUUAAUCUUACACUGUUAUAUUUUUUAUUAUACUAUACUGUAUGUAGUUAUGACGUCAUAUUUUUGUAUAAUUAUAAUUGUUAGAAACAUAGAUUUUCUAAAUAUUUAUUAGGCUUAACUCGGUAUUUAUUUCUUUAAAUUGUUUGUUAUAUUUACUAGACAUAUAUUUACAUUGCU